UUUAUUUUUUCUUAUGUCUAUACGUUUACUAUUUAGUUUAUCAAGAAGACAAAAGCCUUGUCGUAUCACCACAAGAACUUUGACGCAAGCAGCUUCUUUACAAAACGACAGAAAGCUAGUUUAUCCUCGGUUCAGUCUUGUACCCGAAACACACGGCCAAUGGCUUGCUGCAAAAGACUUGAAACGAUAUGCAUGCUUGGAAAAGGGACAAAAAGCAGAAAGUGAUUUAGUGACAUUGACAGGUCGCGUGGUAUCCAAAAGAGAAUCCAGUGCCAAAUUGAUCUUUUAUGAUAUUGUACAGAAUGGAGAGACGGUUCAGGUUGUGGCAUCAAGAGGAAGAUAUAAGGGCUCUGCUGAAGAAUUUGCAGAAAAGAAUCGAGAUUUAUGUCGAGGCGACAUUGUGUCUUUUACAGGUGUGCCAGGAAAAACCAAUCAUGGUCAAUUGAGUGUAUUUGUGACAAAAGAACUCAGAGUAUUAUCACCUUGUAUUCAAGAUAUUCCUCGUUCAGGGCUUAAAGAUCCUGAAAAACGAUUCCGUGCAAGACAUUUGGAUUUACUUGUCAACCCUGAAUCAUCCAAGAUAUUACGCACCAGAUCUCGCGUUAUUCGAUUCAUCCGCGAUUUCUUUGACCAGCGUGGAUUUCUUGAGGUUGAGACACCCAUUCUUUCUGCUAAAGUAGGUGGUGCUAAUGCCAGGCCAUUUGAGACACACGCUCAUGCACUCGAUAUGGAUAUGCAUCUUCGCAUUGCACCCGAACUUUAUUUAAAGCAACUGGUGAUAGGUGGAUUUGACCGAGUGUACGAGAUUGGUAAACAGUUCAGAAACGAAGGUAUUGAUGCAGAUCAUAAUCCUGAAUUCACCACCUGUGAAUUUUAUCAGGCGUAUGGUAACUUGGACAGUCUGAUGCAAGAUACAGAGACCUUGUUGGCAGAGAUGGUAGUCUCUAUCUGUGAUCAUCCUGUUCAGUCAAAAUCGGGUGAGCUUAUUGAUUUCCAACGCCCUUUUCGACGCAUCAAUGUAACUGAGAGAGUUGCUUCUGAAUUGGGGACCUCUUUGAGCUUUUUAGAAAAUGAAGAUUCUGGUCUUGAUACGCUAGUGUCACUCGCUAAACAACGCGGUGUAAAGUUAUCGGGCCCACUCACACUGUCUCGUGUACUUGAUAAACUUAUUUCAGAAUUUAUCGAACCUGAAUGUAUUCAACCUACUUUUUUAUACAACCACCCACUGGCCCUUAGUCCUUUAGCUAAAGAAUUCAUAGAUGAAAAGGGACAAACUGUGGCUGCACGAUUUGAACUCUUUGUAGGCGGCAAAGAAAUUGUAAAUGCUUAUGAAGAAUUAAAUGAUCCCAAGGAACAACGUAGACGUUUCAAAUUGCAACUGAAAGAUAGAAACGAUGGCGAUUUAGAGGCUCCUUUACCUGACAAUGAUUUCUGUGACGCAUUAGAGUAUGGGUUGCCACCUACAGCCGGAUGGGGUAUGGGUGUCGAUCGUGUUGUACAAUUAAUAACCGGAACUUCCCAUAUUCGGGAGGUCUUAGCCUUCCCUGCUAUGCGUCCUGUGGCUCACUCAUAAAAUCAAAAUUAAAAGACUUUUUGUUUUUUUUAA